AUGGCCUCGUUUAUGUCGAUGCAGUACGAUUCAGACUCAGACUCGGCCGAUGAUCUCGACUUUAAGCCAGUCAGCGACGGAAGCUCUGGUUCCGAUGGUGACAGUGCCGCUGAUGAGGAUAUAGACGAAACCAUGGAGGGUGUUGAAGGAGAGACUGACGCUGCCGGGCCAAUAGUACCUGCUCCUGCAGUACCUUCUACAAAGGCCGGCGCCUCUAAAAAGAAAUAUAGCCCACGCGCUCAACAGACCGGCGCCACCUCAACGCCGCCAGCAACAGUAGUAGCCUCCUCGUCAGUUCAGGUCUCUUCACAACCCGUCUCUACAGAUUCAGUGGCAAUACCUAGAGUCAAUGUGCCAACAGCUGCAGGGGAAGCUGGUGGCGCCACUACUGAACCUUUGGCAGGUACCUCUGGAUCCUCUGAACUAACGGCUACUGCAACUGGCGAUGCAAGCGCUGCAGGAAGUGCACCAGGAGAGGUGGUGAAGAAGAAGAAAGGACCCAAGAAGGGCACAAAGUACAAGAAACGAGCAACAGCUGCUCCAGAUGCAGUAGGUGGAUUGGCACCCAAGUACCCCAAGAUGACCAAGAAGGCUGCUGCAGCUGCCGCUGCUGCAGUCGCGGCGGCGGCGGCUUCUUCUCGGACUAUGGCUCAUGCGUUCGGACGAUUCGGUCUCCAAAAUACCCAGGUCGACCUCGAUCAUCCACUGGAAUCGUUCAAGUGGCCGUACUCGCCAUUCACAGCGGAUUUCAAGACGCAGCACCAGGCGAGAGGCACGAUGGCGAAGGACUUGCAUCAGGCUGUGCAGCAGAUCACGGAAUCCAAUAACCGGUCAACAUGGCAUUUGCAGGAGCUCGAUCAACAAUUGCAGAUGAGUCGACAGGACUUAAAGACGAGUCUAGACGAGAUUCAAUUCAGGAAGAGUCAGCUUCGGGAUAUGAGCUUGAUGGCAGCUGACAUCGUGCGGAAGCUUUCAUCGUCUUCGUCGUCGAGCCGGAGGAGUGGAAGAGGAGCAGAGAGGGCGGGUUUACCGUCGUCAUCGUCAUCGACGUCGGCUUUACCGGGCGGCACAGAAUCUGUAGGGCGAGUGAGUGACCUGGACUCGGAUGCUAUGGAAGUUGACGGAGCCGAGGAGAUGUCUGCGAGUGCUGAGCUUGGGCAGCUACGAUUGAACGAUUUGAAUGAGAGUAAUGUCCGGUCUUUUCUGGAAAAGAUUCGCGAGCUUGAGCAGCACCAACGCCAUAUCAUGGUGUAA